CUGACUUCCUGUAACGCAUCCAUCCGUAUGAACACUGAUGUCAUCAAAUUAAUGGAAAGUAAUCAUGAGGUCACUGUCCUUGGUGCUUCCAAUGAACUGAUGGUGAAAUUCUUCGGUCCAGCCGAAACUCCAUAUGAAGGUGGUAUCUGGAAAGUUCGAGUUGAUUUACCAGAAAGAUAUCCAUUUAAAUCUCCUUCCAUCGGAUUUAUGAAUAAAAUCUUUCAUCCAAAUAUUGAUGAAGCGUCGGGCACUGUUUGCCUGGAUGUGAUUAACCAACAAUGGUCGGCCCUUUAUGACCUAACCAACAUUUUUGAGUCUUUCCUCCCUCAGCUUUUGGCUUAUCCAAAUCCUACCGACCCCCUAAAUAGCGAUGCAGCUUCACUGUUUAUGUUCAAACCGUCGGAAUAUGUCCUAAAAGUAAAAGGUUUUCACUGUCACUCAUCUGAUAGGUUUGAUGUAGGUGAACCUGAAGGAAAUGCUUCAAUUUGUUGA